AUGGCAAACUGCGAGGUGGAUUUUUUUGAAUUUUGCAAGUUGAAUGAUAAGAUUGAGGCUCUUCAAGAUUGUAUAGUACGUAGCACGUCUUUUAUUUGUGAGUUUUUCCCAGAAGACAUUUUCUCAGCACUAUCAGUCGUAUUGGUCAGCAAAACUAUAUUUUUGUCAAAAUGCCUAACAAAAAAAGCCCAAAAUUCCCAAGAUAAAAAUAUGCAGCUGUAUAGCACGAUACAGGGUUUGAAUAAAGCAGAAUGAAAUAGAUAUGUCAAGAGCUGAGCUUUGAGCACAAAAAGAAGCAUUAAAAAAUAUGAUGCAAGAUUUGGAAAAACAAACUGAAAAAUUCAAUCAAUGGGAAAGCAACAUCAAGCAUUUAUUCCCUGCAUAG